AUGGCGGCGGAAACCGAUUCACCACCUCUUCAUCGCCAUCGGCCUUCUUCUUCUUCUCUGACGCGUGGAAUUCCGGCGCGAUGCUUGCCUACCUCCGGUGUCACCACAAGGUAUCCACCUCUUUUUUGCUCUCUUUUCUUGUUCUACUUUGAAUACCUUGUGACUUCAUUUCACACUCCUUCUUCUACUCGAACUUCCGCGUGCGUUUUAGAGCUUGAACUGGUUAUCGUUACUGUUAUGCGUUAUGCAGAUGAAGAUGGCGAGGUUGCUGAGGCUUGCAAAAUCCAGUUACAAAUCAGUGAGAAACGCGAUGUAGGAUUGAUAAUGAUUGAAGCAUCGAGGUUGUGA